AUGUCAGAUAGUCAUGAGGCAAGGAUUAAGGACGUGCGGACCGUGGAUGAAGCGGGGAAUAUUGGGGAGAGAGAGGAGGAAGAUGAGGAGAUUCCGGAUAUGGAAGAUGACGACGAUGAUGAAGAGGCUAUUAUAAGGGACCCGGUGGGGAAGGCUGGGACUGAAUCGCCCCUCCGCACCUACACCCUCUACAUAACCUAUAGCCCAUACUACCGAACCCCCCGUCUCUACCUCUCCGGCUACAUAUCUCCAUCUGAACCCCUCGCCCCGCACCUCAUGAUGGAAGACAUAGUCGGCGACUACAAAGACAAAACCGUCACUCUAGAGGAUUUCCCCUUCUUCGAUGGCGGCGUAAAAAUGGCCAGUGUGCAUCCAUGUCGCCACGCAAGCGUAAUGAAAGUCCUCCUCGAUCGCGCAGACGCGGCUCUAAAGCUCCGCCGCCAAAAAUUGAAAAAUGCUAUCUCGCCGGAAGACGCGACCCGAACUGUGCCCUCGAAAGUUGAGAGUGGAUUGGAGGGUCUAGUGGAUGAUACGGCUCGUCUGACGCUUUCUCCUGAGUCCCCACUGCAGCAACAGCAACAUCCACUGCAGCCUUCAGGCGGUAAUGCUGGCGAUGAGUGGGAGGUGUUGCAGCACGAGGGUGGUGAAGAGGCUGACGAGCAGCGUGUGGCCAUACGGGUGGAUCAGUAUUUGGUCGUAUUCUUGAAGUUUAUUGCGAGCGUGACCCCAGGCAUUGAGCAUGAUUUUACGAUGGGCGUUUAG